UCCAGACACUGAAGUGCACAUCUAACUUUUCUGCAAGGAAACGAUGACUGAACCUAAUGAAUUUUUGAGUUCUCCGCCAAAGAAAACGGUCAGGUUUGGAGGAAAAGUGACAGAAAUCCUGUUCAAAUAUUCACAGGGAAAUACCCAAGCUUUUGAACUGCUGAAGCACCAGUUAUCAGAUCCAGAGAUUAAGGAUGUGCAGAUUAUAAACUGGCUUCAUGAAUUAAGGAUUUCAGUUACACAUCUGACCAUCGACUAUGAGCAGCUUGUCGGCAUUGUACUGAAACUCCCUUGGCUAAACCGAAGCAAAGAAGUUGUGGAAGAAUUUCUGUCUUUUUUGGGCAAUCUUGUGUCAGCUCAGACUGUAUAUCUAAGAUCUUGCAUGAAUAUGAUUGUCUCGCAUUUUCUACCAUGUAAGGCUAAUUUUUUUUAUGCAAGUUUUUAUGUUUGUCAAUGUCUAACUAUCUAA